AUGACAACGCUGGCCAACAUCUCCAGCACCAUUGAUGCCGAUGGCGACCAGGAGAUGGCCGAGGUCUCUACGACCACCACACCUUUUCAUAGUUGGAGAGUCAGGUGUGCUCCCAGUCUCCCGGAUGACGAGCGACGCACUCUAGAGGCCCAUAUCACCUCGAUGGAAGGGCGGAGCUUCCUCGACGAGAAACUUUGGACCAAACAAGUUGUCAUCCCCUGCUCCCAGCAGCGUCUCGCACCUAUCACCCCUGGUAAUCCGUAUUUCUUCCAUGAGCAAGUCACGGCGGCUGGGGCAAGCUUGCCUGCACCCAGAAGAGAAGCCCUCCCGUCAUUGCACACCCUGUCCUACGAGUGGGAUACGGGGGAGGCAGAGGGCUUUGUUGACCAACGCAGGAGAGACAAUGCGGCGCCCUCUCCACCACCCGACCCUCAGGAGUAUUCUCAAGAGGGCCGUCGUCAUGCUCAUAUUCCUAUUGAUUAUCCUGUCCCCAUCCCACAGGCUCCGCCUUUGGCACCCCCCAACGAGUGUACUGUGUGCUUUGAGGAACACCAACCCGGAGAGCUGGUGAUCUUACACCACUGCCACUGUGCCUAUUGCCUACCCUGUCUCAACCAGGCAUUUCGAGUGGCCUGCAAGGAUCGAGCGUCAUUCCCUCCCAGGUGCCACAAUGUCCCUUUACGCAUCUCUGCUUUGGGCAGCGUGCUCGACGACGAUGUGGUCGAGCGCUACAAAGAGAUUGAGGCCGAGUUUGGGGCACAUCGCCCUUUUUACUGUGCUGCGCCGGAGUGUUCCGCCUUCAUCCCAGAAAACAAUCACUGCUCCCACCAAGGUGUGGCGGUCUGUCCUCGAUGCCACCACACGACAUGCACAACCUGCAAACGGCUCGAGAGUGAUCACCCUGCUUGGGACACGGACGCGAAAAAGCGUGAGUGUCCUGCAGAGGAGGAAGAUGUCGUCAAGCUCUUUGAGCUGGGGGUCGAGGAAGAAUGGAGUCAGUGUCCCACGUGUGGGAACAUGGUGGAGAAGACCGAAGGAUGUAAGCACAUGGACUGCGUUUGCGGCGUCGAGUUCUGCUAUGUCUGCGGCACACUCUUCGACGAAAACAGUCGCUGUGGGUGCCACGAUGAAGAGGACGAAGAAGACGAGGAAGAGGAGGAGGAGGAGGAGGAGGGGGAGCAUGAAGAAGAGGAUGAGUGGGAUCUCGAUGGAUUUCUGGCCGAUGACCGGUGGCCCGGUCCCGCGGCCGCCUUUGGACCCGUUGGCAGUUCGCUAUGUUUGCACGUUGCCACGGUGGCCUUGAUCCCAGGGGUGGCCUCUUGCCAGACGUGUUCAAGGCCGACCGGGAUGGUGAGGUGCUCCAGUUGUACGGCGCACUUGUGCAUGGGCUGUAUCAACCGGUGGUACGAUAUCGUUCGACGCGCAUUCUACGAAGAGUGGAGGGCACCCACAUCUCUACCGAGAUAUUUCAGGGGGGACAGCAGCAGCAGCCGGGCUAGCUUUCCAGGGUUGUGA